ACGACCUCAAAACAGAGACAUGUCAAAAACACUGUUAUAUAUAGCAGUCCUGGUGACACUCUUCCAUAAGUCAUACACUCAGACAGAGUUGAGACGUGUCUGUCGACCUUAUCAGCUAGAUGUAGGAAUCAGACGAGGGCCCCGAGACAACGAGGCCACCCACACCUGUAUAUCUGGCCCCCUCAAUGGUAGAUGCUUCGUACAAGAUGCAGAAGGUGGAUUCAAUUGCACAGAUAACUUUCAGCUUCAGGGUGGUCUACCAAAUCGUCAGUCCCUUUGUUGUGAGAAAUUAGGUUUUCAGUUAACUGGCUGCUUCGUACCGAGGCAAUUGUUUUCAUUUCAAAGAGGAUUUAACAUACAGCGACGCAGAUCGGUCAUACGGAGCAUCAUCAGUGUCCCUACACCGAGGGAUCAAACGACCUUUGCUGUGGAGCUAUGUUUUCUCCGUAGAAAACGACAUUCAUAUUUCCUCGGAUAAUAUUCAUUUUAU